CGGGCGAGCUACGGUUACUCCUCCUCUGAUCGCCGUACGGUGGUGCUCUGUUUCCUCGGCGGCGCCGCCAUGGUCGUCCUCGCGAAGCCGCCGGCGCUCGACCAAAUCUCGCUGGUGAGGUCCCCGGAGCCCGGGGGCGGCUCCCCCUUCCCCGGCGUGCCGGCCGUCGACCUCUGCAGCCCCGGUGCCUCCCUGGCCGUCGUGGACGCGUGCGAGCGCUUCGGGUUCUUCAAGGUCGUCAACCACGGCGUGCCGGCGGGCGUCGCGGACAGGCUGGAGGCCGAGGCCGUCGCGUUCUUCGCCAGGCCGCAGGCGGAGAAGGACGCGUCCGGCCCCGCCGACCCGCUGGGGUACGGCAGCAAGCGCAUCGGGCGCAAUGGCGACAUGGGGUGGCUCGAGUACCUCCUCCUCGCCAUCGACCAGGGCUCCGCCGUCUCCAAGGCCUCCCCUGUCCCGUCGUCCUCGCUGCGGGACGCGGUGAACGAGUACGUGGGCGCCGUGCGCGGGGUGGGGGCGUCGGUGCUGGAGGCGGUGGCGGAGGGGCUCGGCGUCGCGCCGCGGGACGCGCUGAGCAGGAUGGUGGCGGACGCGGCGAGCGACCAGGUGUUUCGGGUGAACCACUACCCGCCGUGCCCGCUGCUGCAGCGCCUCCCGGACUCGUGCAGCGUGACGGGCUUCGGCGAGCACACGGACCCGCAGCUGGUGUCCGUCCUCCGCUCCAACGGCACCGCCGGGCUGCAGCUCGCCCUCCGCGACGGGCGGUGGGUGCCCGUGCCGCCCGACCGCGACGCCUUCGUCGUCAUCGUCGGCGACUCCCUGGAGGUCCUGACGAAUGGGAGGCUGAAAAGUGCGCGGCACCGGGUGGUGGCCAACAGCCUGAAGCCGCGAGUGUCCAUGAUCUACUUCGCGGGGCCGGCGCCGGCGCAGCGGAUCGCGCCCCUGCCGGAGCUGCUGGGGCACGGCGAGCAGGGCCUGUACAGGGACUUCACAUGGGGCGACUACAAGAAGGCUGCCUACAGCUCGCGCCUCGGCGACAACCGCCUGGACCCCUUCCGCAUCUGAUCUAGGCACUGCGCGCACCACCUGUCGCGAGGAGGCAGAUGCCCUGCCAGCCAGCUAUCGGCUCCAACGAACAGCUUUGGGGGCCUCUAUGCUCCUCGAGAUCACUGGAGGCCGCCAGGAGCCAGUACACUACUGAUUGAUGAUUGCUUCGUGGACCAGGAAAGAGAGAGGGGUGGCCGUGGCCGGCAGAGCUAGGUAGAGCUAGCCAGGUAGGUGGGUAGGGUUGGAUACCGGAGACAGGUGUGUGCUCUGUUGGAUUCUUCCCCUUGCAUGCAUGCCUUUUGCUUUGGUUGC